UGUCCGCGGUGACAGCGUGCUGAGCUGUCAGCGGAGGCUGCAAGCAGGGAAAGCCCUCACACAGUAAGUACAGUGUCUCCGGUGAAGAGCGACGCCCCGCACUCUGCUGGCUCGACACCGAAGGCAGCGCCUCUAAACGGACUGGACAAACAAUAACAACAACAACAACAGCAACAACAACAACAGCAACAGCAACACACUUCCACACAGCUGGACCGAAGCCGCAGCGUCGCUCUGUUCGCGAGGGAGGACAUGGCUGAUGUCAACUCAAACGAUUCGUCCACCGCGGACGUGGCCAACAGGUUCGCCCGAAAAGGUGCUUUGAGGCAAAAAAACGUCCACGAAGUGAAGAACCACAAAUUCACAGCCCGGUUCUUCAAGCAGCCGACUUUCUGCAGCCACUGCACCGACUUCAUCUGGGGGUUUGGGAAACAAGGAUUCCAGUGCCAAGUUUGCUGUUUCGUGGUCCACAAGAGGUGCCAUGAAUUAGUCACAUUCUGCUGCCCCGGGGCAGACAAGGGGCCCGACACGGACGAUCCCAGAACGAAGCACAAGUUCAAGAUCCACACUUAUGGGAGCCCCACGUUCUGUGACCACUGUGGCUCUCUCCUUUAUGGCCUCAUCCACCAGGGCAUGAAGUGUGACUCCUGCGACAUGAACGUCCACAAUCAGUGUGUCAUGAACGUUCCCAGCCUGUGUGGAACGGAUUACACCGAACGGAGGGGGCGUCUUUUCCUCAAAUGUGAGGUCGCCGUGGACAAGCUGCUGGUCACAGUGACUGAGGGCAAAAACCUGAUCCCCAUGGACCCCAAUGGCCUCUCUGAUCCAUACGUCAAGCUCAAGCUCGUACCAGACCCCAAAAAUGAGACCAAGCAGAAGACCAAAACCAUUCGCUCCAACCUCAACCCCAAAUGGAACGAGACCUUUAACUUCAAGCUGAAGCCGACUGACAAGGACCGCAGGCUGUCGGUGGAGGUGUGGGACUGGGACCGGACCACCAGGAAUGACUUCAUGGGGGCCCUCUCCUUCGGCGUAUCAGAGCUGAUGAAGGCCCCAGUCUGUGGCUGGUAUAAACUGUUGUGCCAGGAGGAAGGGGAGUACUACAAUGUUCCUAUCUCGGAGGAGGAUGACGGGAAUGAAGAGCUCAGGGAGAAAUUUGAGAAGGCCAAGCUGGGCCCAGGUAAGAAGGGGCACACGGAGGCGGACGGCAGUCAAUCCAUCCAGCCGCCCUUCGUCAGCCUGAACGAAGUCAAACUCAGCGACUUCUCCUUCCUGGCUGUGCUCGGGAAAGGGAGCUUCGGCAAGGUCAUGCUGGCGGAGAUGAAGGCCACAGAAGAGCUGUACGCGAUAAAGAUCCUGAAGAAGGACGUGGUGAUCCAGGACGAUGACGUGGAAUGUACCAUGGUGGAGAAGAGAGUCUUGGCCCAACAGGACAAGCCCCCCUUCCUCACACAACUGCACUCGUGCUUCCAGACCGUGGACCGUCUGUACUUUGUCAUGGAGUAUGUGAACGGCGGCGACCUCAUGUACCACAUCCAACAAGUCGGCAAGUUCAAGGAGCCGCAGGCAGUGUUCUAUGCCGCAGAGAUCGCUGCUGGUCUCUUCUUCCUGCACAUUAAAGGAGUCAUCUACAGGGAUCUGAAGUUGGACAACGUGAUGCUGGACUCGGAGGGACACAUUAAAAUCGCUGACUUUGGCAUGUGUAAAGAGAACAUGGCCGAGGGAGUGACCACACGCACCUUCUGCGGCACUCCCGACUACAUAGCCCCGGAGAUCAUUGCAUAUCAGCCAUACGGCCUCUCUGUAGACUGGUGGGCGUACGGAGUUCUGCUCUACGAAAUGCUGGCCGGACAGCCUCCAUUUGAUGGCGAGGAUGAAGAUGAGCUGUUCCAGUCCAUUAUGGAGCACAACGUGUCCUACCCAAAGUCCAUGUCCAAAGAAGCUGUCUCCAUCUGCAAAGGGCUUAUGACCAAACACCCAUCCAAGCGUCUGGGCUGCGGCCCUGAGGGCGAGAGGGACAUCAGAGAACACGCCUUCUUCAGACGCAUCGACUGGGACCGCCUCCAGAACAGGGAGAUACAGCCGCCCUUCAAGCCCAAAGUGGGCUCCAGUUCCUCUAAUAAGUGCGGCAAAGGAGCGGAGAACUUCGACAAGUUCUUCACGCGCACUCAGCCGCAGCUCACACCGCCCGAUGAGCUGGUUAUCGCCAACAUCGACCAGGCCGAGUUUGCAGGGUUCUCUUUCAUCAACCCCCAGUUUGUGAACCCGGUGCUCGUUAACAGCCUAUGAGAAGGAUGGGGAAACCCCCCCCCCCCCCUGAAAAACCUCCCUCCUCUCUGCCGCCCACUUAGAGCAUCUGCCAACCUCAUCCUUCCACAACUUGAUCUAGGACCGCUAGGAGUCUUUAUGUAUUGGUUUUAUUUUAAGCAGCAUUCUAGGGACUGCAUAUUAUAGAGUAUUUUGAUUCUAACAGGUUUCUCUUGUGUAAUAAUGAGCAGGAUGUCUUCCUUAUCGCUGCCAUUCGUAUCGAAGGUUUGCCACGACUAAAGGCACUAAGGCAGUCGGAUGAGAAGCUUUAUUUAUCCAUGCCACAGCAUGAUGAAAAUUUAGAGAUUAAAUUAAUCCAUGCCUAUAUAUGGUGCGAAAAAGAUACUAUUAAAAGGGGCAUUCAGCUACAGUUCCAUUGUAGGCAUGGAUUAAGUGAUUCUGGAAAAGAGAUUCAUACCUACAAAUCUCAACGGAUAAACAUUACGUUCUACCCGUCACAGUUUGUUUCCAUAAUCAUACCAGUGCAUACGUUGUGUGGUGACCUGAAAAACACUGGCCAAAUAUGAAGGACAGGUGGUGCAGGCGUUGAAAACAGCACCUCGUGAGUCAAUGUUUCCUGCAUCAUGUUUACAGUUUUUUUUUUCCCCCUUUGAUUUUAUGGUGACGCUAUGAAAUGAGUACAAUUUGAUCUCCGCUAGUAUCAAAUCAACUAAAAGAAAAAGACAGGUAAUCCGAUGAUGAUCUGCCUGUAACAAUAACAAUGCUAAUAUGUGAGGCACUUGAAAGUGUAUCAGGGGGGCUUCGGAUUCUUAGCUUGUAGUAACAAUUCACAUCUAUUUUCUAGCCCUUAAUCAAGCUGCAGAUGAUACACUAUAAUUUUGUGGGCACUAUGUGAACACACAGUAAUCAUUUUAGUAUGUGGGCAGUGGCAGAUCAUUAUUAUAUCGACUGUAAGAAAAAUAUAAAAGCUAAAACGUUUACAGUUUGUAAUGUUUUAACCAAUGUCUCUUUACUAUGCUAUGCUUAUGAUUUCAAUUGGUCACAUAUGUCUCAACAGAAGCAGUAAAGACAAUUUGAUCAAGUUAUUAUAUUAAUUUUUUAAUAUUAUGAUAUAAUUGUGUAUUAAACAUUCAAUGUUAUCUUUCAUACAGUAUCAUGUGAAGAUGGAACACAUUUCUUCAUUUUCUUAGUUACUUAAACUGAAAAUCAGAAGGAGCGUUUCUUCUGAAAAUGCUUCGUUGUCCUGGAAACAAACUCAUCCUUCAUUACGAGUGGGUCAGCAAAAUCCUCAUGAGUGAAAUCAUCCGUUUGCAUCUGUUUCUUUCAAUGUCAUUGGAAAUAGAUUAGGUUUUAACUGCCAUCCUUUUUGGUUUCAUAUGUUUUCCAUUAGAUCAGAUAGUCAUUGUGUGUAUCUCAACCACUAAGAUAAUCAUGAAUUAUUUAAAGAGUAUAGCAAGUUACCGUUUUUAUACCAACACCUGAAUGUGCUUUUAUUACAUUCAUUCUAUAAACCAAUAUUUGUAUGUGCAAAGACAAAUGAAACAACUAAGAAAUGAACCCAGUACCGAUCAACUUUGUAACAGCUGGAAGUCCUUAACGGGGUUCAGGUUUAGAAAGUUGUGGGAUCUGUUUGACCUUUUUUGGCAGAUUUAUCAAUGAUUUUGACUGCAAUUUGUGUGUUAGUUGAAUGUGUGUCUGGCUGUUGACUGUCCCUCUGUAUCUGCAUGCUGUCGGUAGACAUAAUUCGUGCACGUGAUCGGCUUAAGACUGCAUGCUACAAAGUUAAAAAAAAGCCUUUUUCGGGAAGGUAUGAAGUGUCAAAGGGAAGCACAACGUUCGGUCUAGAUUGAAUGUGGCCAACACAAAGACUGGCUCAGUGACUUAAGAGUGCUGAUGUGCUGAUGCGGAUGUGGUAACUACCAAUCAAAAAUCCACUGUUGAUCACGCGCUACGCAACAGUAUUGAAACACAAAAAUCCCACCAAAAAUGUGUAAAAAAAAAAAACAA